AUUUAACGCAAGCACCCCAAAAGCCCACACCUUUCAAUAAAUCCCCACCCCUUUCCCCCUCUCUUCCUCCCUUCAAAUUCCAUCUCUCUCAACCUCCACAUAUAUAUACACACAAACCCACCCCACCAUUUCUCUCUCACACUAAUCAUCUCUCCCCCUUCAACCACAAUAAUCUUUCUUUUUUCUUUUAGAACUCAGGUGUCACAGUUUAUUCCCAAUCAUCUUACAUAAUUUUUGAUAAUUUGAAGCACGUCAUCUUUUUUUUUAUAUGUAUAACUUGGUGUACGGCUCAGCUUACCCGACACAAAUUGCAAUCGUCUUACAGAAUUUUCGAUCAUUUGAAGCACAGUCGUUGUUUUUUUCCUCAAAAAAGAAAAGCUGAGGAGGCAUAAUCAUCACGCAGUAUGGCGAUUCCGAAGUUAUCGCUCAGAGCGGUCUUGAUAUCCACGAGCGUUCUAUUCGCGGCCGUGAUCCUGAAACUCUCCGUUCCGACCAUAAUACAAUUCGCGUCUUCCGAAGUUGUCCUCACGUGGCUCAGGCCUCCGUACCUCUACCUCGUCAUCAACUGCAUCAUCAUCACCAUCGUCGCCUCGUCCAAGCUUCAGAACAACAAGGUCAUUGAAGAUUCACCGCAUGAGGCAGUGGUGGUUCUUCCGGCGCCGGUCAAGGUCGAGGCGGGUUACGCGGCGGUGUACGACGGCGUUGCCGGGAAGAGUGAUGCGGUGGAGGUUCCGCCCGUGUUUGGGUACGGGUAUGGUGAGGUUGUGGUGAAAGGUGAGGAUUUCGAGGCGGGUUACGCGGCGGUGUACGACGGCGUUGACGGGAAGAGUGAUGCGGUGGAGGUUCCGCCCGUGUUUGGGUACGGGUAUGGUGAGGUGUUGGUGAAAGGUGAGGAUUUCGAUGUGGGUGGAGAGGUGGACGGUGGGAUGGGGGAGGUGGAGAGCGAUAAGACGACGACGUUGGAUUUGAAUGCUGCGGAGGAUGUGAGCGGUCAGGAUGAGGUGGCGGUUGCGACGUCGUUGUCGUCCCCGCAGGUUAAUUCAGCGACGGAGUACUUGGUUUCGUCUUAUGAGAGACCGCCGGUUUCUGGGAGGAUCGGUCACCGGAAAGGUGUCAAAUCCAGUCCUGAAGGUGGGAGAACAUUGGGAGUGUCAAAACCGAAGCGGCACGAGACGCUAGAGAACACGUGGAAGACGAUCACGGAAGGCCGCCCAAUGCCGCUGGCGAGGCACCUGAGAAAAUCCGACACGUGGGAAACCCACAAUCGCGUGGGCCACUUACAAGAAGAAGUGCACGACCAGAUGAUGAUCAAAUCGGAAACCUUCAACGACCGGUCCACCGCCAGCCCGGCGAACCGGCGGCCGGAGAAGCUGAGGAGGGAACCGUCCGGGUCGGGGAAGUUGAAGAAGGAAUCCUCGCCGAGUCAGGACGAGUUGAACCGGCGGGUGGAGGCGUUUAUAAAGAAGUUCAACGAGGAGAUGAGGCUGCAGAGGCAAGAGUCGUUGAAUCAGUACAUGGAGAUGAUCAACCGUGGGGCUCAUUCCGAGAAUUGAAUUAUGGGUAGUUACGUUUUUGGUAACUUUGAGAAAGGGAUAGAGUUCUGGAGUCUUCAACUGUUGAUAGAUGAUCGGAAUUUGUUUAUCAAGUUUUGCUUUGGAAGGAUUAAGGGAGGAGAAAAUGGGAAUCCUUGCAUGGCUAAUCAGGACACCACAAUUGUGUGCAUGGUUUCGUAUACAGGGGGUCACAUUUGCCAAAAUUUUAUUUGUUGUGUAUUUGAUCCAACAAAACUUGACUACAAUUGCAGGAAGAAUUAUCAAGCAAGCAAGAAUUAUCAAGCAAGCAAGAAUUAUGUACUCCUUCCUUUACUACAUCAAUUUUCAUAAUGUUUUAUUUUUAUUUUUAUCCACUAUCAAUUUUCGUUAUGUAUUGAAUGGAAAAAUUACAUUAGCUAA